AUGAAACAAAGACACGUACUGCCUUUUUGUCGCCAAUUUCCUUCGCACUCUUUCUUUUCCACCUUUAUAUACCCAUCUCGAUCCUUUCAUUUCCACCACCUCUCCGGUUCUCUGGCAAUUUCCUGUUCGCCCUCUGGGGGGAUUAGAGGGAAAAAGGGCGACCGAAUAGAUUGUCUCCUCCGAGGAAAGUUGAAAAUGGAGCAAAAUCAGACGGGAUGCCAAGCUGCUCCUCAAGGUCCUGUCCUGUGUGUCAACAAUUGUGGAUUCUUUGGAACUGCAGCAACCAUGAACAUGUGUUCCAAGUGCUAUAAGGAUUUGACUUUGAAGCAAGAACAGGCUAAACUUGCUGCAUCAUCUAUUGAGAGUUUUGUUAACGGCAGCUCUAGUAGCAAUGAGUUGGAGUUGGAUGUUCCUGUAGCUGUUGGUACACAGGCUGGUCCAUCAGAGUUGCAAGUUGUAUCAACAGAAGCAUCUGGUGCAUCAGCACUGAAUGAGAAGGAAGAGAAGGUUAAAGAAGGGCCAAACAGGUGCAACACUUGCAGGAAGCGCGUUGGCUUAACAGGUUUCAAUUGUCGAUGUGGAAACCUCUUUUGUUCAAUUCAUCGCUACUCUGACAAACACGACUGUCCCUUUGAUUAUCGCACUGCUGCACAAGAUGCUAUUGCCAAAGCCAACCCAGUUGUUCAGGCUCAAAAGCUCGAUAAAAUUUAGGGAGUCUUGUAUUGAAGGUUCAUGAACUGCAAUGUCACUGUCCCCUUUCUCUAUGAACCUUCUUGUUUAUCAUUUCUCCUGUUACGUCUCUCGUGUGUUAUAAAUGGUUGAUGGCAUGACAGUUAACAACACCUUUCCGACCUGAAGAACUUUGUAGUCUUGCUUAUCAGCAUGGUUAAUUCUAUGGCUCUAGUGUGCUUGUUUGUGCUAGUUUGUGCUUGUUUAUCAUCAAAGUUUGUAGUUAGCUAUAAAGGUCUGGGUCUAACAGUGAAAUUUAUAGGAGAUACCUGGUAAGUAGUUUUAUUUGCAUUCUAGAAAUAAUGGAAUUGGACUCGAACCCA